AUGGUGCUGUCAAUUGUACAAGCAUCAGAAGAUACAUCGUAUUAUUUAUUGACAGCUAAUUUAGGAAUUAGCAGUAUUAUCGGAAUAGUAGUGGUAAGUUGUACAUUCCAAUUUUUCUCAAUGAAUUUACAUGGAGAGUCAUUUUCACAUUGUACUGUACAUGAGCAGCGUCUUCUUCACUAUGUCAAACUAUUAAGAACUCGUCGUAUGCCUUGGCUUCACAAGCCACAGAAAAUGAAUUGGUGGUAUCGUGGAGGAGAUUUGGCAGUUGAUAAGUACUGGUUCAUCAUAGUGGUUGCAUUAGUUCUGAGUUUUCAGUCCAUUAUGACAGAUAUAUUUGUGUUUCAUGGCAAACAGCCAGUCGAGGCAAUAACGACAACUCUGUCACCGGGAAAUAGAACCACACCUAUAACAAUGGUGACCAUUAGGAACAAUACAAAUAAAACUCUUAUAAAUAAUCUCAUGACAACACCUACUGUGGUUUAUUAUCUUCAUUAA